UUAGGUGGCAGCAAUUGCCAAAUAGUAACAUCUGUGCCUUCGUGUCGUACCUAACCUCGCCGAGAUACCGUGUUCAUUUUUUUACUUAACGGUACUGUCGUCGUGAUUGUGCAAAACGUACAGCGUUUGUGUUAACUUACACGUCACAAUUUUGAAGUUCUCUUAGCUCGGACUAGCGAGUAUCACUCAUUUCGACAUGAGUGUUAACAGCUUGUCGAACUUCUUAUAUCUUGGACGGCGGUGUACAAAGUUGUCUGUGGCAGUACGACGUUAUGCCUCCACUGCUGUGAAUCCAGUAGACAGAGACAAUGUGAAGCCAAAGACUGGUAUAAUAAUGUUAAAUAUGGGUGGCCCUUCCCAUAUUACUAAGGUUCACGAGUACUUGUUAAGAAUAAUGACCGAUCGCGAUAUGAUCCAGCUGCCAGUUCAAAGUCAAUUGGGACCAUGGAUCGCGAAACGACGUACCUCAGAGGUGCAGAGAAAGUACUUCGACAUUGGUGGCGGUUCACCGAUUCUGAAAUGGACGAACAAGCAGGGCGAACUUUUAUGCGAAAAGUUGGAUAAAAUUUCGCCCGAAACCGCACCGCACAAAUAUUACGUUGCCUUCCGAUACGCGGAUCCUCUCACGGAGGAUACGCUCGAGAGGAUACACAACGACGGGAUACAGCACGCUGUACUUUUUUCACAGUAUCCACAAUACAGCUGUUCGACUUCGGGCUCCAGUUUUAACGCUAUAUACAAUUAUUACAGGACUAGAGAAUUACCGCGCGAGAUGAAAUGGAGCGUAAUAGAUAGAUGGGCCACACAUCCCCUCCUUGUAAAAACAUUUGUCGAAAGAAUUAAAGAGGAGCUCGCCCACUUUCCUAGCGAGAAAAGGGACGACGUCAUAAUUCUAUUUUCAGCUCAUUCUUUGCCGCUGAAGGUUGUUAAUAGAGGAGAUUCAUAUCCCGCGGAGGUCGGAGCUACGGUGGCAUUAGUAAUGCAGGAAUUAAAUUACUGCAAUCCGUACAGCUUGGUGUGGCAAUCGAAGGUCGGGCCUAUGCCAUGGUUAGGACCUUUUACCGACGAAGCGCUCAAGGGCUACGUUAGACAAGGCAAGAAAAAUUUCAUUCUGGUACCGAUCGCAUUUGUAAACGAACAUAUUGAAACUCUUCACGAACUGGAUAUAGAGUACUGUCAGGAGCUCGCCGAAAAACUUGGUAUCGAGAAAAUACGAAGGGCAGCGGCGCCCAAUGUUCAUCCUUUGUUCAUCGACGCUUUGGCGGACAUUGUAGUGUCCCGCCUGAAAUCGAAGCAAGCUAUAAAUCCGAAAUUUUUGACGCGAUGUCCUCAUUGUGUAAAUUUAAAUUGCGACGCCAGCAAAAGUUGGUACGCUAAAAUCUGUGGAAUUUAGCGAUAACUUUUCUUUAUUACUUAUUGUAUAUGACCCUGUUAGAAAUGUUAUGUGAUAGCGUGUUUAUCAUUACACGUGUAUUACAUUUGGAAGAAUGUGAGCAAGUUUUAUGAGCAGGAAAACGAACAAGUUCUAUGAGAAACAUAUAUAUGUACUGCAUUUAUGAAAGUUGUACAAUAAUAUCGAAUAAACUGUAACGUACUUGUUUUAUUUUACAAGUC